AUGGGUAACUAUGAACAGUUCAUCAAUGAAUCGAAAGACUGGGAUACUUGGAAUCUUUACAACGAGGAUUCCCCGGACUUUCCUGUUCGUAAAAACAAGAUUAGACAUUUUACCUUGAACUUUGGACCGCAGCACCCUGCAGCGCACGGAGUGCUGCGAUUGAUUCUCGAGUUACAUGGUGAAGAAAUUGUUCGGUCGGAUCCACAUGUUGGCCUUUUGCACAGAGGAACGGAAAAAUUGAUCGAAUCGAAAACGUACAUUCAGGCAUUACCGUAUUUUGAUAGACUCGACUAUGUCUCUAUGAUGACCAACGAGCAGGUGUUCUCUCUUGCUGUGGAAAAACUACUCAAUAUUGAGGUGCCGAUCAGAGCAAAGUAUAUUAGAACUAUGUUUGGAGAAAUCACCCGUAUUCUGAACCAUCUCAUGUCCGUUCUAUCGCACGCUAUGGAUGUGGGAGCGCUGACGCCCUUCCUGUGGGGAUUCGAGGAAAGAGAGAAAUUGAUGGAAUUUUAUGAGCGAGUUUCGGGGGCUCGGUUGCACGCUGCCUACGUGAGACCAGGUGGGGUGUCGCAAGACCUUCCAUUUGGCUUACUAGAUGAUAUAUACAUGUGGGCUACGCAAUUUGGAGACCGUAUUGAUGAAACAGAAGAGCUCCUUACCGACAAUCGUAUCUGGAAACAAAGAACGGUUGACAUUGGAACAGUGACGGCAGAAGAUGCAUUGAAUUAUGGUCUAUCGGGUGUCAUGCUUAGAGGAUCGGGCGUUCCAUUCGACAUCAGAAAGUCACAGCCGUACGAUGCCUAUGAGUAUGUGGAUUUCGAUGUCCCUGUUGGGACUAGGGGAGAUUGCUACGAUAGAUAUUUGAUAAGAAUGGCCGAGUUUAGACAAUCGCUAAGAAUCAUCGAACAAUGCAUCAACGAUAUGCCUGCAGGUCCUGUGAAGGUUGAAGAUUUCAAAAUUGCCCCUCCAGCCAAGUCGUUGAUGAAGACUGAUAUGGAAGCUUUGAUUCACCACUUCUUGGUUUUCACUAAAGGUUACCAAGUUCCUCCAGGUGAGACGUAUACAGUUAUCGAGGCUCCGAAGGGCGAAAUGGGAGUGUAUGUCGUGAGUGACGGAUCAGAGAGACCAUACAGAUGCAAAAUUCGUGCUCCAGGAUUCUCUCAUUUGGCUGCUUUUGAUCACAUUUCAAGGGGCCACUUACUACCAGAUGCCGUGGCCAUCAUUGGAACAAUGGAUCUUGUCUUCGGUGAGGUCGACAGAUGA